ACGUGGUUUGUUUGUUAACGUGUUGGGAUCACCGUGUAUCGGGGCUACGGAGAUGUUUCAAAGCAUAUGUCUUUUGUAAAGAAAUUUUUCAUUGUUUGGAACAUUAUAUAUGUGAAGGUUGUACGUAUGAUCGGCCGAUGGACCAGCACGCGAACGAGUGUCAUUCCACAUUUGGGUGCUCGUCGGUGAUCCGCGAAACGAAAGCUAAAGAGGAUGAACUAUGCAAAUUCGCAAAAAGGUUAUCGUAGGAAGCACAGUGAAAUUCGUCAAAGAAAAUUAGGAAAAAGCAGGUCGCCGCUCAGUAAAAUGGUCGGAUUGGGCAGCGACGAACUGUGUGUUUCGGAUAUCGCUGACAUUAUGGAAUUGGAAAUUAGCUCCGAUGAUGAAAGCGACGAGAAUGAGAGAGGUGAUAAGCAGCGGCUGAUAUCGUCCCCGGUAGACGAAGACAUGGUCUACAACGACGGGAAAAUAAACAGUCAGAAGAGCAGCGCGGAAAUUACGGACGACGAAAGCGUCUGGUCUAUAUCCAUCCAGAUGUUCAUUCCUUUUCUACUUGCUGGUUUCGGUAUGGUCGCCGCCAGUUUGCUACUGGAUGUAGUACAGCAUUGGCCGGUAUACCAAGUGAUAUCCGAAGUGUACAUAUUAGUUCCUGCGCUAUUGGGCCUAAAGGGAAAUUUGGAAAUGACGUUGGCCUCUAGAUUGUCGACUCAGGCUAAUCUAGGUCACAUGGAUACGAAAAAGCAGCAAUGGACGUUGAUCGUCGGGAAUUUGGCUUUAAUCCAAUGUCAGGCUAUGGUGGUCGGUCUUCUGGCAUCUUUAGCCGCCGUGGUGCUCGGUUGGGUUCCGGAGGCUCAUUUCGAUAUACACCACGGUCUUCUAUUGUGCGCCAGUGCUUUGAUCACCGCUUCUGUAGCUAGUUUUUUGCUAGGACUCGUGAUGGUCGCCGUCAUAUUGCUGUCACGGCAAAUGAACAUUAAUCCCGACAAUGUUGCUACUCCUAUCGCGGCCUCUUUAGGAGAUUUAACUACCUUAGCUCUUUUAUCCUGGAUUGCUUCUAUGUUAUACAAUGCAAUAGAUCACGCUCCAUGGAUAGCUCCAACAUUAAUAACAUUUUGUGCAAUUGCAACUCCUGUGUGGGGCUAUAUAGCAGCUAGAAAUCCAUUUACUAAAGAAGUAUUGGAUUACGGCUGGACGCCUGUGAUAUCCGCGAUGUUAAUCAGCAGUCUCGGCGGACUGAUUUUGGACUAUACGAUAUCGAGUUAUAAAGGCAUAGCAGUUUUUCAAUUAGUAAUUAACGGUGUUGGAGGCAACUUGGUCGCCGUUCAGGCCAGUAGAAUAUCCACGUCUCUACACAAAAACUGUCACACGGGUGUUCAAAAUAAUCUCAACGUUUGCAUUAGCCCGUUUCACGCGUUCUUUGCCAAAGGAGGACACGCGAGGACAGCCAGGGUAUUGUUAAUGAUGGUGAUACCAGGACAUUUGAUUUUUAGUUAUACUAUUAGUUAUCUUCAGGCAGGACACACCUCGUUCACGCCUAUCUUUAUUACGAUAUAUCUGAUCGCCGCGAUGCUGCAGGUAAUUUUGUUGUUGUACAUUGCGCAAAUGAUGGUUGUCUGGAUGUGGACAAGAGGUAUGGAUCCGGACAGUUCCGCGAUACCAUAUCUAACAGCGGCUGGCGAUCUUAUUGGCACCGCACUUCUCGGAAUUGCCUUCCACAUUCUUUAUGCCAUAGGCGAUGGCGAUUCUGACGUAGGAGAUUGAUUCUUUCAAACGUUUGUAUACUUUGUUUCGAAUUCUUUAUAACAUAUGUUACAUAAUUCUGUAAUUUAAAAUUACAGUUUUUAGAUUUUUGUUUUUUCUGUGAGAGAAUUAGUAGAAAUUUAAGUUUGCCAAAUUUAUAUAAAGAGUUUGUACGGCACCUGACUGUGAUUCGAAAUUAUCCUUACCUGACCUCUCGUAGCAUCUUUUAUUGCAGUAAGUUUAUCUCUCUUGAAACUUUCCGAGGAACACACGUUUUGACUCUUUGACAAGAGUAUGUUGAGAGUACAAAUUAAAUUAAGCGUAUAUUUAUUACAAAUUUCGAAUCGGACGUUAACAAAUCAUAUAUACAUAGUAUAUUUGUCAAUGUUAGUUUUGCUUUCAAUAACUUCUUCUUACGUGAUACGAAAAAACAAUUUAACAAACGUUUAUUAAACUUGACGAAUCUACAUCGUGAUUUAUGCCAGUAUAUGCCAUAAGCUAUCUUAUAUAAAUAUAAAUAAUAUAAUAUAUUGCUAAAUCUUAUGCUAUGUACUUUGAGAUUUUUUUAAACAAAGUAUAUUUUGCCAUGUAUAUAACAAAAUAUUUUUUUAUACACUUGUAAUGUUCAAUGAUAAAUCGUCUUGUAUAAAUCGAGCAAAUAAUUUAGUUUGACCAAGAUAUACGCAGUAUGUACACACACACACACACAACACACACAUACACAGUAAUAUUGAGAUCUGCGUGUUUUACAUUACUUAAAUAAAAUUAUAUAAAUAAAAACUUUAUACUAUUUUUUAUAGAACAACGUGUGAACAAAAAUUUAUAUAUUUUAUGUUACAUUACAAUUAAAGUAACAACAAUGAAAAAUGAUAUGAAAUAAAUUAAUAAUCUAAUUACAUAUUCAAAGAUGGUUUUCGGGUUUGAAUCCGAAAAUCAUCUUCGAAUAUUAAUAUAACACACCGCGAAAGCAUCAAAUAUGAAUCCACCCCAAUUAUAUGUUUAGAUUUUAUUAUCAAGUUUUCAGGUCGCGCUUUUUAAAAUAUUCUUUUGUUAAAGAAAUAAGUAAAGUUUAUUUUAAAUUCUUGCAAUAUUUUAUAAUAUUUAAAUGUGUUAACGUAACGAAAAAUAUAUAGAGUUACUAUAGUUACAAUUUCAUAUUAAAAUGAACAUAUUACAAAAUUAAUUUAAUUCUUAACAAUUAAUAAUUAACUGAAAAUCAUCUCGAGUUCUGAAGUUUUUAAACUAAUAAAUGAACAUAUAAUUGGUCGCAAAAAACCGUUUGCUGGAUGUUGUGCGAAAAAUGACCAAUUAUAUAUUCAUUUAUUAAUUUAAUCCUGUUAAUUAGACGGGAAAACAUGUUAAACACAUCAUUUUCAAGAAUUGUGUACAAACACGUGCGAUAUCGCGUCGCGUAUAUCACAUUACACUUAAAAUAAAAGAUUAUAUACAUGUAUGUAAAUAAGUUUAUCCACACACAUUCUUGUAGUAUUAUUAGACGUUCGUAAUCUGUUUAAAAAAUCUCUGUAUAUGUACAUACUGUAUUAAAAUAAUAUAAGAUAUAUAUAUAUAAAUAAUAUUCUCUCACUUGUAGUGAAUUGGACAAGCUUAGGUUUGUGUUAUUCAAAAAAAUAUUUCUGCAACGGAUUACAGACAACGGACUUUGCUCAUGUAAUAAUAUCGAAUGUAAUGUUCAAACAAAACGAUGUUUCUGAAAGUUAAUGUGCAAACGAUAAGAUAUGCUGAAAUUUUAUGUAAAUUUUAUGUAAAACUCGUACGCGGAAAUUACGAAGAAACCCGAGCAAGUAAAGUGGCACUAUACAAUGAAAAUAGAAUUUAUGUACGAGACCAGAAACUAUUUACUUAUAUAUACAUACAUACAUAUAUAUAUAUGUACACAAGCAAUUUGUAUAUAUCAUGUAUCAUACGCAAGUACACAUACAUGUGUGUAUAAUAGUUCGAGAGCACAACAAUUUGUUACAUUUGUACAAAAUAAAGUUUUUUCUCGAUGUAUAGCAAUUUCA